CCCCAGCACGAGACAGCUAAUUCGCGCGCCCCCGCGUCGAGAAGCGCCCGCCCGGCGCCGCGCCGCCCGCCAAAAGCUUUCUUAUGAUCUUCCAAAGCCCGCCGGGGCUGCCCGCGCGCCGCCGCGCGCCCGCGGCGGAACUGGGGCAGCCAAACAGUCUUGGCGCCGCGGCGCCCAGGGCGGCCGCGGCGCCGCCGUCGGCGCCCCGGGCCGCCCUCACACCCAUGUCGAGAGUAUAUCCAACACGCCUCCCACCUUAUUGGGGCCGCGGCGCCCCCGACCGCAUAGCCUUCCGCGGCGCUCACCGCUUUCCGCCUCGCAGGUAAAAAAACAUGCCCAAGCGUCCCACGAAAACCUACGAGCGCCCCGGCCUCUCCGAGGAGGAGAUCGAGGAGAUCCGCGAGGCCUUCAACCUCUUCGACACGGAUGGCUCCGGCACGAUCGACCCCAAGGAGCUCAAGGCGGCCAUGCAGUCGCUCGGCUUCGAGGCCAAGAACCAGACCAUCUACCAGAUGAUCGGCGACAUCGACAAGGACAACGACGGCUCCAUCGACUUCGAGGAGUUCCUCGACAUGAUGACGGCGAAGAUGUCCGACAAGGACACGCGCGAGGACAUCCAGAAGGUGUUCAACCUCUUCGACGACGACCAGACGGGCCGCAUCACGCUGCGCAACCUCAAGCGCGUCGCCAAGGAGCUCGGCGAGACCAUGUCCGACGCGGAGCUCAUGGAGAUGAUCGAGCGCGCCGACACGGACCAGGACGGCGAGAUCUCGCCGGACGAGUUCUACGGCAUCAUGACGAAGAAGACCUUCACGUAAAGCGGACACGUGACGGGUCGCGCGGCGGCGCCGGGCGCGGGUGGCUAGAGGUAGCCGACGGGCCGGAGCCGCAGUAAAACCUUGUGUAAAAAAUAGGAACC